GUCGUGCUGAUUUAAACACGUCCAGCUUCACUUUUCCUCAAUUAAUUUGCUUUUUUCACAAUGUCCAUAAAGUUAAAUGCUCUUUUCAGCGACUCCUAUGUUGAUGUGAGCCAGUACAGGGAUCAGCAUUUUAAGGGCAACCGUUACGAGCAGGAGAAGCUCCUCAAACAGAGCGCCACGCUGUAUGUAGGAAACCUGUCCUUCUACACCACAGAGGAGCAGGUGCACGAGCUCUUCGCCAAGUGUGGAGACGUCAAGAGGAUCAUCAUCGGCCUCGACAAAAUCAAGAAGACUGCGUGCGGCUUCUGCUUCGUCGAAUAUUACACUCGUGCGGACGCUGAGAACGCCAUGAGGUUUGUCAACGGCACGCGUCUGGACGACCGCAUCAUCAGAACAGACUGGGACGCAGGCUUCAAAGAGGGCCGACAGUACGGACGGGGGAAAUCUGGUGGUCAGGUCAGAGAUGAAUACAGGCAGGACUAUGAUCCCGCCAGAGGGGGUUAUGGGAAGAUGGUGCAGAAAUCUUGAACAUCCCUUUCGUCAUUUUCCUUUUCUUUUUUUUUAAUCUUUUAAAAUAUUUCCACGUUAUGAAUGAAUCUGGCAGGAUUACGGCUGUUUUCUGAAUGUACAUAUCGGAGUUUGCUUUAGGAAUCGCUCAAGUUCUUCUGGUCCAGCAUGAUGAGUUUAAUAAAUUGUGUUUUGU